AUGCCUUUCUGGGGAACGAAAUCCUCUCAACCUGCGGCGGAGAGCGACGCCAAAUCUACGCAUGAUGCGACCGAUCCUAUCAACGAUCCCGUUGCGUCGGCCUCGCAGGCGGCUGGCACGGCGUGGCUCGCUGGCCAUCUUCACCACCUGACUGACGACCAGGAGAAGAGGCUGGAGGAAUUCAAGAAACUGUGUGAGGAGAAGGGUUACUACAAGCCGGAACGGGAUGGAGAGAAGGCCAGCCAUGAUGAUGCGACGAUGUUGCGCUUCCUUCGCGCGCGCAAGUUCGACGUUGACGGCGCUUGGGGCCAGUUCAAGGAUACCGAGGAUUGGCGCCGGGAUAAUGCCAUUGAGUCGCUCUACGAGAACAUUGAUGUGGACUCCUACGAUGCUGCCCGGCGAAUGUAUCCCCAAUGGACCGGUCGUCGAGACCGCCGCGGUAUUCCCGUCUACGUUUUUGAGAUCAAGCAUCUAAACAGCAAGAACAUGGCCGCAUACAACGAGACCAUGUCCUCUUCAACCACGUCCGAGACGCACCAGUCCUCCACGGUCCCGCAGCGUCUUCUGCGUCUGUUCGCUCUUUACGAGAACCUCCUCAACUUCGUCAUGCCUCUGUGCACGAAGCUUCCUCGUCCUAACCCCGAAACUCCCAUUGUCACCUCUACCAACAUUGUGGAUGUGAGUGGCGUUGGGCUCAAGCAAUUCUGGAACCUGAAGGGGCACAUGCAGGAUGCUAGUGUUUUGGCUACUGCCCACUACCCGGAGACCUUGGACCGGAUCUUUAUUAUCGGUGCUCCUUCUUUCUUCCCUACAGUCUGGGGUUGGAUUAAGCGCUGGUUUGACCCUGGAACCACUUCGAAGAUCUUCAUCCUCUCCGCCGCCGAAGUAAAGCCCACCCUGACAGCCUUCAUGGACCCGUCCAGCAUCCCCAAGCAGUACGGUGGCGACUUGGACUGGCAGUGGGGCGACAUGCCUUAUCUGGACGAGGAGGCCCGCAAGGUCGUCGGGGUCCUGGAAACUCCUCCCGCCGAGGGAGAGACCAAGCCCGACUUCAUUAAGGGCCCAGUUCUGUUCAAGGACGACCACAUCGAAGUCCUCGGAAAGGUGAACGGCGAGAGCCGCAAGUCCAACAUCCCUGUUGGCGCAACUCCUGCUCAAUCGAACACCACCUCUCCAGUGCAGGAUGAAAAGCCCACUGAGCAGGAGCAGACCAGCGAGAACGAGAAAGUCCCCCUGCAAGAACCGGCUCCCACAUCGGAGACUGAGACACAACCAGUGACUGCAUAA